GCAGGGACGUUGGCGUCAUCGUCUAAGGAAAGCGUCUCGAAAUCGCUACUGCAGAAUCUUAUCAGCCUGUUUUACUUCGACGAUGCUGAAGCCGACGGUCAGAACCAGCAGCUUCAUGAGUUGAGCUCAGCUUUGUCAGGGAGUCUGCGGAGUCUCCAGGAACUGGCGACUCUGGCGAGUAGCAGCUCUUCAGAGGUGUUGCGCAAGCGCUGUGGAGCUGUCUUCGCUCUACUUACCGAGACAGCCCGGGCCGCGGUGGUUGCCACACGGGACAACAAGCGCUCCUUCCCGUCCAACCGCUUACACUCUGCUCAGGUCCUUGGAAUCCAAGUCGUUCUCUCCAAUGCUCUCCGAAUUGGUUGCCAUUCGCCUGACUGUUGGCUCCAUCUCCUCAACGCCUGCCAACUCGUUCGUGAAUUAGAACACUCCUACUUCUCCUCUGUCCAUGACUCUGAGGCCGCCGUCGCAAAAGCAACUGACGUUGACGGGGUUCGCAAUCUUCCCGAGAUCGUGAAAAGUUUCAUCUCCACCAACUCAAACACUGGCGAGUGCUUAACAGUUGAGCAAACUGGUAUUGUACUAAGCGCACUUGCGGCUCAGGUUGACCAGAUUUUUGAUACGGCUGCUGAGGUAUUGUCACUUCCGGCGCUGAUCGACUUUCUCUAUUAUCUACUACAAGCAAGCAGUGUAGAAUUAGCUGACAGAAGUCAUCCGAAAUCUACUUCUAUGGAGUGUAAGACGUCAAUCAAUCUGAAACACGCGGUCGAUUCUGCAAAAGAUGAGUUUUUGAAGGUAGCAAAGCUCGGAAUAGCCAGGAUAAAUGGAAGUUCGACGUUGAAUGAACGCUAUACCUCUCGCAAACUUCAAAGUCCAGCCUUAUUCCUCGAUAGAUUGUCACAGCUACUUUUAAGAGCUAUUCGUUCCCCGAGGCGUCCAUUGUUCCACCUUUUGCGUGCAUGGGCUCUGGUCUCUCAGCAUCUAGUGGACGCUUGUUGCUUCUCCUCAGCUUAUGGCUUUACUUCGUUUGAAUCGGAUGCAGAACGGCUGUUGGUCAGUCAGAGAGCUCUUGCCUGCCUUCACGAAUGCACAGUUACCGCUGUCACUACACAUCUGGAGUUGCCUUACUUCAGCUCUAACGAGAUGUUCUGCAAGCCAUUUGAAAUCCUCCUUCGACUUGAGAUGUGUGAUGGUGAAUUACAAGAAAGAGUCCUAAGUUGCAUCAGUGAGGUUGUGGAAGGCUGCAACAGUGCGCUUCAUUCGGGUUGGCGUCCAAUAUUCGCCGCCCUGCGUUCAGUCAAGGUCCCCUUUUUGACUGAGGAGAACCGGACCAUGCACCCGCCCGAACCCUCCCCUUGUCCAAACGCUCACAAAACUGAAGAUGCCAUAUCAACAUGCCCUAAAGUCACCUUUGACGUGGAUGUGAUCACCGCCCAGGUCGUUCCUAACACACGACGCAUUUCAACGGUUCUCGAAAUUUUUGAAGUUUUCUUGUUUACUGACGAUAUCCUCGUGUUUUGUAAUACCGCCGUUGACUGCGUUCUGUGCCUUUUACGCUAUCUAUCUUCCGGAGAGCUGAACCACAACUAUUUUGAUAAUAGGAUUCGCUCAGCUCCUUUUGGCUCAACUGGCAAUAAGUGUCCGAAGGAAUGUGAAGGAUCAAAAGAUAAGCAGACACAGACUGUUAGUAGAGUAGAGUGCGUUAAAGAAGCCUCGUGUUCGCUAUGUGUGGCGACGCUUCCACUACUUUCACGUUGUUGUGAGGUUUUCGGCUAUAUUUGGAACUCCUAUAAAGCAUCCGCUUCUGGUAUCUCAACGCCUUCCGUUGGCUAUGUGCUUCGGUCGGCCAGGCGCCAGGCCUGCCUUGUAGCUGGAGGGCCUUUGGAGUUUAGCCUCCUUCCCACUGUUCGUGGGUUUACUUCACCCACCCUCCACGAAAGAGUAAAAAAUCUUACCCCUUGGUUCUCUACUGGGCGCUUUCUCGAGCCUGCCUUCCAUUCUGCAGACUCUUUUGAUCCCGAUCUCUCCACACUUCGUAGUCUGAAUGAUAUUGACCAUCCCUCUGGGGUGUUGCAUCUCUGGUUCCUAACACUAGAAGGCAUCAUAAUGGCGGUUUGGGACUGCAAUCCACGUGUACACCGUGUGGUGUUUGAGGAAUUUACAAGCCUUUUGGAUGAAUGCGUGGAAAGAAUUAGCGGUAAAAUUGACAUCGUCGUAUCUCGACUCACCGACGGCAUUGAGAGGGAGGAUAUUGAAGUCCAAGGAGUGGCUAUUGGCCCUUCAUUUGUGGUGUUUGUCGUUAACCACGUUCUUUUGCCACGACUUCAAACUGCAAUUGUGAAUGAUGCACUAACCGCUGGUGAUGUAAAUGGUGACUCUGAAAUUGGGGGCACUCCUUUUCACAAUGACGAACACUCGUCAGCAGGUACUUGCCAAAACGCUAAUCUUGCCGAUGAAACUGAAUGUGACGAAGUCAUCAUCUCAAAACUAAGUUUUGUUAUGGGUCAAACCACUCAUCUGGUGUGUAAUCUUGUAACUCGAUUCCAACAAAGAGAUCAGCAAUCGUCGAAUUCAGUGGUGGGAAUAAAUCUCAUGCUACAUCAGUGUCUGCGCGCAUUAGUUGAUUGCAUUAGCGCUCGAAAUGAGCGCCUCUCUCGUUUGGCAACCUCUUGUCUUAGGCACUUGCUCAUUUCAACUGCGAAGUGCUUGACUGUGCAUCAGUGGGAGAUUGCGAUCGCUCACUUGGAGGAGGCGUUUCGCGCCUGCCUCCUGCCAAUCCACAUUCUCACCACCGUGUACGAUGAUCGAGCUAGUCGCUCGCUUCCCAGCGAUGCUGGCCUCCAGUUGGCUAACCUCCGGGCAAUAAGCUCUUCUAACAGAUUGCGUCAAUUGGCCCUUCGGGUCUUUCAAAUGGCUGACCAAUUAGAUGAAGGCUAUGAUGUGGGAGAACUGAAACCCGGGGAAGGGCUUGAUAGCCUCGAGAAACCUUGCUACUCUUUCGAAUUCAGGAUUUUUCCACUCUGUUCACACGAAGUUGACCGACCUUCCUUGGACAUCAUACCAUUAUCGGGCCUUAUCUCAAGUCAGUUGAACACCAUUUUACUUAUUCACCUUAUUGGUGAACUUCUACUCAGCUUUGGGAUGGCUGGAGAGAAAUCCGUCCCAAAAUCAAUUCAGGAACUCCUCUUCUUUGACUCCUCACUCAUUGUGGGUACAUUCGCUCGCAAUAUUGAGGCUUCCGAGACGUCGAUAAUGGGGCUUACGACACUAGCAGAAUUUUUCACGCGCCUGCCUCUUAGCUCUGGCUUGCGACUUUUGAAUUGCCUUUCGGACACUUACGCGGCUUUCUUUGAUUUUGACCAAUGCGGGGAGUUGAAACAGCUUAUUCAGAGAUUACUUAAGCUGCAAUCGCCUGCCAACUUUUAUCAACACUCGUGCCUAACUGUGAUGGUACUGCAAAUGGUUCUUCUCCAGACUGUCCAGAAUGGUCUGGCGGCUAAAUACUGUAGCCAGCUUUCUGAGUCUGUGAAUUUGGCCUUCUGUAAGUUUGACGAAAACCUCUCAAAACUAAGAAUUGGCAACUUCAGACGCCUUCCUCUGCAGCUUCAAGUGAACACUGGCAAAAGAGAGUACAUUUCUCCACUUCCGUGGCUAAAACCAUUUGUUCCUGCCUCAGACAGUGAUCACAAUGUGGAACAAUUUGCUCUUCUUCUUACCGGGUUGUUCACGCAUUUGACCCAAUUCUACCUCUUUUUGAUGCAUAAUGAGGAUAAUGAACACGAUGCUACUAGUUCGCCAAUUCAACGUUGCGAUACAGUGUUUUCUGAUCGGUCAAAUUCUGACACUUUUAUCAAUGAGUACAAAAGGAGGCUGUCAGAAGCGAAGUCAAAGAGGAACUCACGUCUGAAGAAGCUUUUGAGCAGUUACCGGGGCUCCACAAUAGAUGUGUCUACAACAACAUCUAAUGUAGAUGAGAAACUUGUGAGGAACUGUUCGAACGAUGACCAGGACGCUCAGUUGGCCUCAUUGGCAGCUUUGCUAUCCACACUACCACAAGGUUUCCUCGCUUUGUCACCGGGCCCGGAACCGCACUCUACAUUCGAAUUUGAAGGCGUAUUUACGUGUAACGCGGCACGGCUAAUUGCUGUUGCGGAGCAUGGGUCCCUCCGACGAACACUAGCUACCUGUACUAUGAGUGAUGGCGGUGAUCUCCCAAAGGUUACCAUUGAAACUGGCGAAACGCUGCAGGUUGAGGCUGAAAAAGAUGAUGAGGAACAGGAACAAGAUUCUUUUGAGAUAGAUGAGAUUGAGAUCUCUGAUAGAGAUUCAGAGGAUAUCGACAUUAACCAUAGGCGAAUAAAGCGGAUUUCAAAGCUGGAAACCUUACCAAAUAUUGAAAACCUGGAAGUCUUGCGAGUUAUCGAGAUAUUGGACCUGAGUUAUAACCGAAUUCGUGUGAUAGAAAAUUUGGAUGCUUUGAAGAAUCUUACCAAGCUUUAUCUUGUCAAUAACAAAAUCUCUAGAAUCGAGAAUUUGUCAGCCCUUUCGAGUUUGACCAUGCUUGAGCUUGGUGCCAACAAAAUUCGAAAACUGGAGAAUCUUGAGAACUUUCCAAAUCUCGAAGAGUUAUUUGUUGGAAAUAACAAAAUUACGAAACUCGAGGGACUCGAUAAUCUACCAAAGCUGAAAAUAUUGAGUCUACAGUGUAACAGAAUUACGAAGCUCGAGGGACUGGACAAGUUGUUGAAUUUAGAAGAGCUAUACUUGAGCUUUAAUGGUAUUAGCAGAAUCGAGGGUUUGGAUAGCCUUUCCAAUCUCCAGACUCUUGAGUUAUCCAGGAACAGAAUAAGCAAAAUUGAGAACAUAUCGCACCUAGACAAACUUGAGGAGUUUUGGUUCAACGACAAUCUUGUUGCCGAGUGGGAUCAGCUUAACAUCCUCGUACCAAUGAAACAACUGAAGACCCUCUACAUGGAACGUAAUCCCAUCUACUACGCGUCCAACUCGAAACACAUGGACACGGCCUAUAGGCGAAAAAUCCUCCUCUUACUUCCCUGGCUAAGGCAACUCGAUGCAACAUUGACGGGGGUUGGCCUCAGGCCCUAG